AUGCCACUACCGCUUGAUGCCCGUAUUCAAGUCACUGGCAUAAUUCCAGAAAAGACUACGGUAUUUAAGAGCAAUCUAUUCCCAUUAAGAUUGACUUUUUCGUUGGCGGAUGGUGGCGAGUAUCCAGUAAUAUUUAAGACUGGAGAUGAUCUCAGGCAAGAUCAACUUGUCAUACAAAUUAUUAUGCUAAUGGAUAAACUCCUACGAAAGGAGAAUCUGGAUUUGAAAUUGACACCCUAUAAAGUUCUUGCUACCGGACCAGAUCAUGGCAUGAUGCAGUUUAUUACUUCAUCAACACUAGCCAACGUUUUAAGUGAUUUUAAUGGAAGUUUACUGCAAUUUCUGAAAGCACAUCAUCCUGACGAGAAAGCCGUUGGAACAUACGGUGUUAGCGCUGCCGUAAUGGAUACAUAUGUGAAAAGUUGUGCCGGUUACUGUGUUAUUACCUAUUUAUUGGGUGUUGGCGAUCGACAUUUGGAUAAUUUACUGCUUUCUCCGGAUG